GAAGUCACAGUUAAAUCGUGACCGUGGCCGUGGCCAGCUUUCAGGCUUCUCUUUGAUAAAACACUCCAAAACAUUAUGGCGUCAUGUCUAACGCCACUUGUUGGAAAUGUGCGUUCUCCUGACGCGCCGACAUAUGUGCUCAAAACUGUUUCGCAAUAAUACAUGCGACAAACGAAUGUUUUAGAUGUCGUUAAGUCGGCAUGCUACUUUGAGUGAUGCUUACGUAAGAAAAAUUAGUUUAUCAUACGUGGCUUCGAAGUGUGACGUAAAACGUGAAUUCUUGCAAAAUUCUAUUGAUUUAUAAAAAUAUUUUAGUGAUCUCGUAAAGUUACAAAAAUCUUCGAUAUCCAACACAAAACGCCGCUGGUGUUUCGAAUACUGAUGAGUUAAACUGGAACUACGGAAACACCUAAUGACGAUUUUGCGAAAUGACGACUCUUCGAUAUGACACUAUCUGUUGCAUUUUAAUUUUGAUCCAUAUUUUAGUACAUACUAGUGCAGCAUUGAGAGAUAUUUUAAAUACUCAGCAUUUACCGGAUACUAAGUUUAGUCCAAAUGAGUAUUCUGAUGAUGAUAAAGAAUAUUCUGAUAUCGAUAAUAGAGAUAGAGGAUCCUUAGUACAACCAAAUAACCAAAAUAUAGGAGGUCAUUUAUAUUUAAAAACUGAUAGCAUUGGCAGAGAGGAAGCAGUAUCAGAUCUUUUGAAUAAAAAUAUAGUAUGGGACGCACGAUGGGGUGCGCAACUGAAACUCACUCAAGCAUCAGCAGUUUCCAUGGAUCCAGAUGGCAAUAUUGCUGUGUUUCACAGAGGAGAUCGUGUUUGGGGCCCUGAUAGUUUUGAUAAUGAAAACAGAUUUGAUCCAAAUAAUGGGCCAAUAGCACAAAAUACAAUAAUCCUCCUGGAUAAAAGUGGAAAAGUGAUAUCGAAGUGGGGGAAGAACAUGUUUUAUCUCCCACAUGGUUUGACUAUCGAUCAGCAAGGCAAUUAUUGGAUUACUGAUGUAGCGAUGCAUCAGGUAUUCAAAUAUGAUGCUCAAGAUGUAAAGAGAUACAUGGAAGAAUUGAAACGUGCACGGAUUAGCUCAGAGACAAAUACGCCUAACGAUCAUGUCAGUGCAUUAUCUGAAAACAGCAUGCUAAAGCCAUCCAUAACUUUGGGAGAGGCUUUUGUCCCUGGUAAUGACAAGACGAGAUUUUGUAAACCAACUGAUGUUGCUGUACAUAGUAAUGGUGACUUUUUUGUCAGUGAUGGAUAUUGCAAUUCUAGAAUAAUAAAAUAUAAUAAAAAUGGUGAAUUUAUUUUACAAUGGGGACGACAUUGGGGUGCUAGAGAAUCUGUCUAUUCACAGUAUCCACCACCAAAUGCGUUUCUCAUCGCGCAUGCUUUAGCACUUGCAAAUGAAUUAAAUUUUAUUUAUCUCGCUGAUAGAGAAAAUGGCAGGGUAUUGUGCUUCUUUGCCAACAAUGGCACAUUCCAUAAGGAAUAUAGACAUCCUGCUAUUGGUACAAAAAUUUACAGCGUUGCCUACGCUCAAGAAAAACUAUAUCUAAUUAAUGGACCUGAUCCAUUUAUAAAUAAUCCAGUACCAGUGAGAGGCUUUGUACUUGAUAUUCAUUCCGGAAAAUUAUUAUCAAUGUUUGAACCCAAGAAAAAUAUGGAUAACCCACAUAAUCUACAUGUGACGGAAGAUGGUUCCGAAAUAUAUGUAGUAGAAUUAAAUAAUAGGAAAGUUUAUAGAUUUCUACAAGGAGUAAACAAUUCUCAGUCUGCUAAACGGCAUCAAUCUAAGAUCUUAAUACAUCCUGAUACUCAAGAUACUGAUAUUGAAAAGACUAAUGUGACAAAAUUGAUCUUAAGCCUUGGCUCAGCGGCCGUUUCUUUCAUUACAAUAUGCAUUGCAAUCGCUGCCAUUGUAGCGAGAUGUCAAAAACGAGGAUGCCUGAUCACGGUGCGCAAGAGGAUGCGUUGGGAGGCCGAGAGGCGGGAGAACUUCAAGCUGUCGAGCCUGCUAGAGAACCGCCGCGGCAGAGGCUUCAAGUUCCUGGAGAAGCGGCCGAACUCGCGUGAUUUCAGCAAAUUGAGCACGGAGCCGGAGACGUCGGAGGACGAGCAUCCCGAGAACAGCCUCGCACGAGUGAUCUAAAGGCGCCACCGGCUAUCGCCGUGGCGUCGUGCAAACAGUAUUACGAAGACGAAAUGGAAAAAAUGUCACGCCGCGAAUUGCCCACCGACACACGACGCGCAUCGCGCGAUAGACGUGAACUAUGCCGCGCAUCCGUUCGAAUUCCCUGAAUAUUCGCGCUGACGAGCGCCACCGAAUCGACUCGAACCUUGAUCGACGGUAUGCGCGCGCGAUGGCGUCGCGUCGUCACCUUGCCGACUACUGAAUAUACAGCUGCUUGACAUUACCAUUUAUCUGCAUUCUAAUCAGGUUUGGGCAUUUACGCGUAUAUUAUAAAUAAUCUAUAUUACGUGUAUACAACGUAGACUACGUAAACUAUAUUUUACGUGUCAUCUAUGUAAACAAUUACCUAUAGAUCAUAGAAAAUUCCGUUUUUUUUAUUUUUUUAUUUUUAGAAGUAGUAAGGUUAUAUUUAAUUAUUUAAUUCUUUUAUUUUUAAUAUAUUUUUAUUUUAUUAAUACUCAAAUCAGAUAUAUUAACAAUCUUACAAUUUAUUUAUUUUUUGUAUUGUGUUAUACAAUUUAAUAAUUUGCAUUUAUUAUAUUGUCUAUAUGAAAAAGAUUCAUGUGAACAUAACGUAAACAAUACGUAAAUAAUCCACAGACAAUGUCUUAAAUGUUUUUUAAAUAUAAUGAAGUAUGAAUAUUUUUAAAACAUUUAGAAAACAUUGUCUUCUAAUUGAAAUAGAGAGAACUUAGUAAAAAGAGAAAAAAAACAAAGAAAAUAAAGUGCCAUACUAUACUUGCCAUGUUACAAUACUUAAUGCACACCUUGGGACAAUUGUGUCCUACGUAUUUCUUUUCUUCAAAAUAUCUUGCCGGCUACAAUUAUUUAUAAUGUAUGUAACAUUCAUAUACAUUUAUAAUUAUACGUACGAACUGUAUAUUCAUAUACAUUUAUAAUUGCAUAUAACAAUUAUAUACAAUUUUUAAAAGUACACAGCUGUAGAAAUAUUUUCUAAAGUAUAUCUAAGAGUCACUUAAUAAUUUGUAUAUAUUGUAAAAAUGAUGAAAAUUAAUAAUGGACAUGAACAAUCUGACAUGUGUAGUAGCGUCCGAAAAACGAAGGUGUGUGUUAAGUGUUAACAUAAAGUCAAAUAUGCAACUCGAACUGCAAUGGAAUAUUGAUUUCAUUGAAUCACUCACUUCACUGUACACUCUGAAAAAAAAAUUUUUUUUAUGUUCAAGUAUUUAUUUUAACAUCAUUUCUUUAACUAAAAGCAAUAUUUUCUAAGUUUAAAAAUAAAUACUUUAGUAUUUAUUUUAUAUUAGUUCGUAUUUAUUUAAAUAAAAGAAAUGAUGGAUAAAAUAAAUAUAUUUAACACAAAAAAAGUUUUUUUUCGGUGUACGUUUCCAAUAGUUAAAUGUCUCAAUUAUGGCCAUAGUGUGUAAAGCAAACUCAUAUUAAAUUUCUUUUACUUAAUUUAGAAAUCGAAAAUUUAAUUCGAAUUUAUUGUACUCGGAAACUCUCGCAAUUAAGAGUUCAAUUGCGUCGUUUCGCAUUUUUCCAAAAUCAUUUAAAAUUUUAAUAAUGACACAUUACGUAAUAUCAAUAUCGCACAUCAAAUAAAAAAAAACGUACAAAAGUCUGAAAAACUGCUUAUACAAGACGCUUUUGGAUAAUGAAUAAAAUGGUAAUGUUAAUGGGGCUUGAAUAUAUUUUGUAAGGUAAAAUCAUAUUCUUGUGCUCGAUCAUUGAUCCAAACUAAGUUUCGAGUGAUGUCAUCAUAAUCUAGUCAAAAACUAGUCGUUACUCACGAUAAUAGUUUUUAGAAUUCGUGUGCGAUAGGAACAAACUAGAUUCAUAAUUGUUAGCCGUACUUAUGCAUAUAUACUAAUGUUCCUAUAUAAUUUCUGCCUUCCAAAAAAUACAAAGCUAAACUUAUUUUACUGGAAAGUGAUCCAGUUAAAAAGAAAGAGAUUCAGUCUUCAACCACUUGUUAGUUUUUGAACAUCAUAAAUUUUAAAUCUACGUAGAUUUUUCUGUUAAAGAAAAGACAAAUCAGUCUAAAAAUAAUUAUUAAUUCAGAUGUCAUCUUCAACUCGGAUUUUGCGUAGACAGAUAAAUUGCAAGGGACUUAUCGACCGCUUUUAGAAGAAAUAAUAAGUUCACUGAACGCUUUUCUUAAACUAUAAUUUUCGUAAUUUUCGAAAUUUUAAUCGAGAUAAUCGACGUUAACAAUGUACCUUGAAUCUUCAAAUUGUACAGUUUGCGACAUGCAUAAGCGCGUAUAAAUUUUUUAAAUCUAAACAUUUUGAUCCAAAGCAUUGUUCAUGAUCAUGUUUGGCUCAAGCGAAGUAGCUCUAUUUAAUUCACCAAAUAAUUCGUUGAAAACAAUUGACAAUGAAUGAUAAGUUUGCUGGAAUAAUGACCACAUGAACUGUGACACAUUCCUAUUAUAUUGAAAUUUUAAACAACCAACAUUUUUAAUGACCAUCUUAUAAGUUCACCGUGACACUGUAUCUUUUAUACUCAAGAGAAUCAAUGCAAGAAAAAAUAUCUUUUAAAAAAUCAGUUAAGAAAACAAUUUUUGAUAAUUAAUUUUAUUAUAAUAAAAUUUAUAUCAAUAUUUUCAUACAAAUUAAUAUUAGCGUUAACAAUAUUAUUACUUAUAUAUUCAAAAAGUUACAAUUAUGUAACAUAAUAAUCAGGUAUGAAAAUGGUAAACUUUAUCUUGCUUUGUUUAUCUUGAGUAUAAUUAACAUCUAGAACUCAUGGAACUUUGAUAAAAUAGAUUGAUACGUAAGAUUGAUACCAAAAUGCAUUUUUGCAUUCGCAAAGUUUUACAAACAACCAGGAAAUACGUAUUUACAUAUUGCAACUAUAUAAUCGAUAGAUUUAUAAAUCUAAAAAAAGAUAUGUAUCUGAGAUUAUCCCUUUCAAGUUAAUAAUUAACAAAUAUUUAAUAAUGCUAUAAUUCUUUGAAUUAAUAAAAACAAACAUUUAAUUACAGUUAUAUUAGUAACAAUUAAAAGUUAAUUAUUUACGGUAUAUUUUAAAUGUAAAAUUACAUUUUAAAAGCAAAAUUUGUUUCUUAAAUUAAUAAUUAAUUGUAGUAAUUUAAAAACAUAUUAUUAUUGUAUUUUACUAUGAACUUCAUGGCAAGGCAAUACAAACAGGAAACAGCAGGAGAAAAAAAAUAAUACAUGUUUGUUAUAACGAGAUUAGACGCUACAAAUUAUAUAAUGACGUUAGAUUCCUUUUUUUAUUAAUUAAUUCAAUUUAUAUUUCUAGGAAUUAUUUUCUCAUUGUUAAUAAAUUUUAUUUGUAAAAUAUAUUUGUAAUGAUCAUGAUUAAUAGCUUGAAUGAAACUAUAACUCCAAUAUAUUGUAUUUAUUAACACAAAUUAAGUAAUUGUAGCGUUUAAAAAUAGUUUUUUUUACGAAUUGAAUGUCUUGUAAAA